AUAUUACUUUCAUGAAAAUAAAAUAUAAUUAGAAUUAGAAAAAUAAAAUAAAAUAGAGAGAAAUGACGGUUUAAAAGGCAUGGCCAAGACAAAUAGAGAAUUUAUUUAUUUAUUUAUGUUAAUAAUAUACUUUUCUCUCUCACUUUCCUUCAUUUCUCACCGUGGCGAUCCGAGUUGGUAACUCAUUGAUCAAAUCAAACGAGUUGGCCAUACUGACUCGGUGUUACAGGCGGCUAUUCCUCAUCUCGCCACGCCAUCAUACUUCUGCACCCAAUCCAAUCCAAUAUCUCGCGAUUUCAUAACUACCUACCCCUUCAUCAUUCUCUCUCUCUUCCAACGCACUUCAUCAUCAACUUCAACUCACUUUAAUUUUCGCUCUGCGUUGAUUUUCUAGAUUCUGCUUCCAUAAUCGUAAUUUCAAGAUCUUCAAUUCAAUAUCUAGUUUCGGUUCGUUUGGAUUGAAUUCAAUUAGAGAGUGUUUAAUUUGACGAGGAUCGGUUCCUGAUAAUUUAUUUUUCAUCUUCGAGUAGAAUUUUGUAACCGGUGUUGUGGAUAUAGAGAGAUUUUGACGCCAUGGUUAGCGGCAACAUUUUUCACUGUAGAAAGAAUUCAUGGCCUACUGAAGAGUAUAUCAAUAAAACUACUUUACAGUUGUUUGAUUUUGAUAGUGCUGCUCCUCCUGAACAAGCUUGGAGAAGGAGAUUAAAUAGCCAUGCCAAUCUUCUUAAAGAAUUUAGAGUAACUUUUGUGGAAGCUAUAAAAAUGGUUCGAUUAGGUAUACGUAUGUGGUCAUAUGUUAGGGAAGAGGCUUCUCAUGGAAGGAAAGCACCUAUAGAUCCUUUCACUAGAGAAAGUUGCAAGCCAUCUGCAUCUCAAGGUGUUCCACUUGGAGGGAUGGGGAGUGGAAGCAUAUCAAGAGGAUUUAGAGGUGAGUUCAGACAAUGGCAAAUCAUUCCUGGUCUAUGUGAACCAUCGCCUGUCAUGGCCAAUCAGUUCUCUAUUUUUGUAAGUAGAGAGGGAGGAAACAAAAGUUUUGCAUCAGUUUUGGCUCCUGGUCAGCAUGAAGGUUUAGGAUCUAGCAGGAAAGCUGAUGAACAGGGUAUAUCAUCAUGGGGAUGGAAUCUAAAUGGCCAGCACUCAACUUACCAUGCUUUGUUUCCAAGAGCUUGGACUGUUUAUGAUGGCGAGCCAGACCCAGAACUGAAAAUAUCAUGUCGGCAGAUAUCCCCUUUCAUACCACAUAAUUACAGAGAAAGCAGUCUACCUGCCGCUGUUUUUGUGUAUACGUUGGUAAACACUGGUAAGGAAAGAGCUAAAGUCAGCCUUUUAUUAACUUGGGCGAAUUCCAUUGGUGGAAACUCUCACUUGUCAGGAGAUCAUGUGAAUGAACCUUUCAUAGCUGAAGAUGGUGUCUCCGGCGUACUUCUAUAUCACAAGACAGCGAAAGACAACCCUCCUGUUACCUUUUCUAUUGCUGCAUGUGAAACACAGAAUGUUAGUGUUUCUGUUUUGCCAUGUUUUGGGCUAUCUGAAGGAAGUAACGUAACAGCAAAAGGAAUGUGGUCUAAAAUGGUGAAGGAUGGGCAAUUUGACCGGGGAAAUUUCUCUUCUGGACCCAGUAUGCCCUCAUCACCUGGAGAGACACUAUGUGCUGCUGUUUCAGCUUCUGCAUGGGUGGAACCCCAUGGAAAAUGUACUGUUGCAUUUAGUCUUGCAUGGUCAUCUCCUAAAGUAAAGUUUGUGAAAGGCAGCUCUUUCCACAGGAGAUAUACAAAAUUUUAUGGGACUUCUGAUAGAGCUGCAGUGGACUUGGCUCAUGAUGCAUUGACACAUUAUAAAAGGUGGGAAGAAGAGAUUGAGAACUGGCAGAAUCCUAUUCUUCAGGAUGAAAAGCUACCAGAAUGGUACAAGUUUACAUUAUUUAAUGAACUCUACUUUCUUGUUGCUGGAGGAACAAUUUGGAUUGACUCUGCUUUGCUAUCUUCAAAUAUGAGGAAUAGCCAGGAUCAGGUAAAAGAGCCAGAAAAUGCAGUAGUCCGAAUAACUGAAGCUAAAGUGGACUGCAGAAAAAGGGAAGUUGUCGAGUGUACAACAGAUAGUACCUAUGAUUCUACGGACUCUAGGGGACAUAAUCACUUGGAUGAAAAACAUUAUAGAGAUAUAUCCCAUGCAAAUGGAUCUGUGAAUAGUCACAGAAAUGGAAACUCUACUAACAGACUGCACAGUUCAUCGAUAAAGAACCUACAACAAGAUGAUGAUAAUGAUGAUGGUGGAAGAUUCUUAUAUUUGGAAGGUGUAGAAUAUGUCAUGUGGUGCACAUAUGAUGUGCACUUCUAUGCUUCAUUUGCACUUCUUAUGCUCUUUCCUCGUAUUGAAUUAAAUAUACAACGGGAUUUUGCUCAAGCUGUCCUGUGUGAAGAUGGAAGAAGAGUAAAGUUUCUGGCAGAGGGAAACUGGGGAACUCGCAAGGUUUUUGGGGCUGUCCCACAUGAUUUGGGGACACAUGAUCCAUGGCAUGAAAUGAAUGCCUAUAACAUUCAUGAUACCAGUAAGUGGAAAGACCUGAACCCAAAAUUUGUACUUCAGGUGUAUCGAGAUUUUUCUGCAACAGGUGAUUUACAAUUUGGGGUUGAUGUGUGGCCUGCUGUCCGUGCUGCAAUGGAGUACAUGGAGCAAUUUGAUAGAGAUGCUGAUGGUCUUAUUGAGAAUGAUGGUUUCCCUGAUCAAACAUAUGAUACAUGGACAGUCCAUGGUGUGAGUGCUUAUUGUGGUGGUCUUUGGCUUGCUGCUCUUCAAGCUGCAGCUGCAAUGGCCAUUCAACUAGGUGACAGAGAUUUUGCGGAAACAUGCAAAAGGAAGUUUCUGAAGGCUAAACCAGUAUUUGAACAAAAGCUGUGGAAUGGUUCGUAUUUUAAUUAUGACAGUGGCUCAAGUGGUAACAGUAAAUCCAUUCAAGCCGAUCAAUUGGCUGGGCAAUGGUAUACAGCAUCCUCAGGGCUGCCCUCUCUUUUCGAUGAUUUCAAGAUCAAAAGUUCUCUCCGGAAGGUUUAUGAUUUCAAUGUGAUGAAAGUUAAAGGUGGCAGGAUGGGUGCUGUGAAUGGCAUGCAUCCCAAUGGUAAGGUGGAUGAAACCUGUAUGCAGUCUCGAGAGAUAUGGACAGGUGUGACCUAUGGUGUUGCUGCAACAAUGAUACUCGCAGGAAUGGAGGAGGAGGCCUUCAAAACUGCUGAGGGUAUAUUUCUUGCAGGCUGGUCAGAAGAUGGAUACGGAUACUGGUUUCAGACUCCAGAGGCAUUGACAAUUGAUGGGCACUAUAGAUCCCUCAUAUAUAUGAGGCCGUUGUCAAUUUGGGGCAUGCAAUAUGCAUUAACUCUUCCAAAGGCAGUACUUGAGGCCCCUAAAAUCAACUUCAUGGACAGAAUCCACCUAUCUCCUGUCAAUGGAGGAUUACAUAACGAAACAGGUGUGAGAAAGAUUGCAACGAAAACAAAAUGCUUUAGCAAUUCUGUGUUUAAUUGCGCUUGCUGAUUGUUAACAUGUAAGCACAUGAAAAUUUUGUAUAGGUCUUCACAUUGUAUACUAAACCAACCCUCUCGUAGAGAAGCUGAUAAAAAUGGUGGUCAAGGGGGCGGGGGUUCAGUUGUAACUUGUACUAAUAUAUAGCCUGUAAGUUCAAAGUUCAAUAAUUGUAGAUACAUUUUACUGUAACUGUAUAUUCUUAUUUAUUAAAGUUCCCAAGAUAUAAUCAAAAUUCAUCGCAUGAUGAACCGCGACAUUAUUGGAA